AUGCAGCUUGCCCUCUUCUUAAGCCACAACAAUUUCUUGGGCAGCUUGAAGGCUUUUGCGAACCUGCCCAGGGGCAUUGCUGCUGUGGACCUGGGCUUCAACAAAUUUACAGGAGGAAUUCCCCAAAGCCUCACCACUUUACCCCAGCUAAACUACUUGGACCUUGGGGCAAACGCUUUGACAGGUCCCAUUCCCGCUUUCUGCCAUGCCAAGCAACAGCUCUUCUACCUGAAUCUCGCCUCCAACGACCUCUCUGGCCCGCCCACCCCGCUCUCCUCCCCCUCCUGCUCCGCUUCCCUCGCCUACCUCUUCCUCUCCUCCAACCGCCUCUCCGGCCCCAUCCCCGCUACAAUCAGCUCCUUUACCCGCCUCAAGCGCCUUCUCCUAGACAAGAACACCCUUGCAGGAUCAAUCCCAGCUGGCGAGCGGGCUGCCAAGGGAGCGAGAGGAGCGAGAGGGAGAGAGAAUGUUAAGCAGAGGAGGCCCGGGCAGAGUGAGACGGGAAGAGUUGGCAUGCUGAGGGGAGUGAGAGGCGGGAGGGGGCGGAUAGAGGGGAUUGAAGAGAGGAUUGGGGAUUGA